GGCAAGCACUCCAGUUGGUGGGAGAGACGCCGCCGCUGCUGGUUUGCUCGCAGGGUUAGCAGCCCCGAUAAAUACGGGCCUGAAACGGUACCGAGAGUCUUGCCGAGAACCCUGUCUCGGAAUCACUUAUUCGCGUUCGCGGUGUCGACGAGGUCCGUCGACUCUCCACUGACAGAGAGAGAGAGAGAGCGAGAGACGCUCGCUUGCACCAGCUGCGUCAGGACGAGUGGAGGAAGAAGGCACUCAAAGAGGCGGAAGGACGACGCCUCCGUCAGACGGCGGACUUUGGAAUUUCGAAGCGCCACGAAGCGAGGAACAAAAUUCUAGAGCGUGGUUCCAUUGUCUCCCCUCUCUCGCUCUCUCCCUCCAGAGAGGAAUUUUUCCGCCGAUGAUAAUCGUCGAACAAGGAAGAGAGAGGUUUAGCUCGCUUCUGACACGUGCUACCCUCGAGGAAUCGAUAACAGGACGCCGGCCGCCAAAACACACGUUUAUAUCGUUAAUGUUACGUUAUUAUUGAGGAACGGGUGGUGUGCGGGAGGGAGGUGAGCAUCCGCAUGCAGAUAACACAGGGGAUUAUCGUGGACCUCUCCCACGCGAGCGCCGCCUGAUCGGCGAGAGAAGACGGAUAUAAAGGUGACGAGCGCGCGAAGGCAGCCCUUGGUCUCUCCCACUUUGACAGCUGUCAAAAUAAGCCCGCGCGAUGGUCGAGGGCAAGCAUUAUCGGCACACAAUGGAGGACAGCGGGGUCCCGGGGAACUCGAGCGCCGUCCUCGAGGAGAUCUUCUACGUGACCUCCCGGAGGAACACCUACUACAAGGUCCGACUGACGGAGAAGGGCCUGAGCCUCCACAAGGAGCACAACGGCACCGCGAAGACCGAGACCAUCGCCCUCGGCGACAUCAUCGGGUGCAGGUGCAUGCGCUCGAAGCGCAGGAACACCGGAAGCUGCGCCUGUCGUCCGGGCGCGUCCAAGUCCCAGCUGAAGUUGGUCGAGUCCGCGGAGAUCCAUCAGCAGCAGCAGCUGCAGCAGUACGACGAGCACGACACCUCGGCCUAUUUGUACAUAUACGCCUACACCCUGAAGAAGAUGCGGAUGAAGGGCGCGAUGAGACGCGAGCGGAUGACCAUCACCCUGCGCUUCCGCAGUUUUGACAAGUACGAGGACAACCUGCGCGAGGCGAGCAGGUGGCGGCUCGCGAUCAAGUGCCUCGUCGUCAACGUGCCGGUGCCCAAGAACCUCAUGAGCCCCAGCCACGGCAACCUGGAGACCCUCAUCGGGGCGUGUCCUGGCGAGAAUCGGAAACUUCUGGUCUUGCUGAAUCCGAAGUCUGGACCCGGCAGGGGCAGAGAAACCUUCCAGAAGAGGAUCCACCCGAUCCUUUCGGAGGCGGAGAGGUCCUAUGACAUUCAUAUCACCAAGUGUCCCAAUUACGCCCGCGAAUUUGUACGCACGAGGGAUAUCUAUCAAUGGUGCGGCUUACUGAUGGUCGGCGGUGACGGGAUCGUCUUUGAAGUGGUGAACGGACUCUUCCAGAGGCCGGACUGGGAGAAGGCUUUGCGCGAAUUGCCCCUCGGAGUGAUACCAUGCGGUUCCGGCAACGGAUUAGCAAAGUCCAUCGCUUAUGCUAAAGAAGAACCAUACGAUCGCAAUCCCUUGCUUAUCAGCGCGUUAUCGGCGGUCAAGAGCAAAAGAACACCGAUGGACCUCGUACGCGUAGAGACUAGAAGUCAGAUCCUCUUCUCGUUUCUAUCGGUUGGCUGGGGUCUACUGGCUGACAUCGACAUCGAGAGCGAACGACUGCGCGCUAUCGGGGGCCAAAGAUUCACCGUGUGGAGCGUAGCUCGCCUAAUAGGUCUAAGGACAUACAAGGGCAAGGUGUCGUAUCUACCCUGCAGCAAGGUUCCCCCGUUGGAAAAUGGCAAGAUAUACUGCAAAGACUAUCCCGCGGAGACUAUAUUGUCGCAUUCGAGAAGUUACGGCGACGAAUUGGACAGGUAUUGUGCCACGCCAGAAUCGAAGAGCUAUUACGAUGCUUUCGGUGAAUCAUCGGACGAGUUGAACGGCGAUAACGAUGUGAUAACCGAGAAUUUAGCUCUCGAAACACAAAUCGAGAGAAGGAACAGACUAGGCAGCUUUUAUUCCGCAAUAUCGGCGAAGUCGACCUACUUUAGCACAGGCUCGGCUAAUUCGAGUUAUCAGAGCGUCGACGAGAAUGAUAGCGCGGAGAUUGGUAUAGAGAACAUCUGUAAGAACCAAGUUAUGUACGGACCGCCGUCUACACUUCCAGCGCUUACUACGCAACUCUCAGAUGCCUGGACGACGGUGCAAGGAGAAUUUGUGAUGGUACACGCGGCCUAUCAAACGCAUUUGGGACAGGAUUAUUUUUUUGCGCCGCGUGCUAGACUGGCAGAUGGAGUUAUUUGGCUUUUAAUAGUUAAAGCCGGCAUUACACGGUCUAAUUUGGUACAAUUCUUACUAGGUCUGAGUAGCGGAACUCACGUGACUUGUCCUGGCGUUGAUAUGAUCCCGGUGAAAGCAUUCCGGAUAGAACCUAUGGAAGGAACGAGUGGACACAUUACUGUGGAUGGCGAAGAAGUUGAUUAUGGACCGUUGCAAGCCGAGAUAUUUCCUUCCUUAGCAUCGGUGAUGACACCCUGACAUAAAUAGUUUAUAAUUAUGUAUAUCUACAUAGCGGUGAUAUGUCGGCAACAAAAUCAAAUCUUUUUCGGGUAUAUAAUUUAUUAAAAUGAGGGUUUUGUUCUUUAGACUCUAGCUUGAAGUAAAUUAGUUACAACAGCAUGUAACUAGAUUGUCAAUAUGUAUUAAUAACAAUAUAUCUAUUUAGAGUUAUACACUUUUAAAUGGACAAUCUAUAUGUAGGAUAUUUAAAAUGAAUAAUCUUCCCCGAAAAUAUGUGCUCACAAAAGAAAAGUUCUUUUUGCUAUCUUCAUAAUGAAGAUGCAGGGUUAAAAUAAAUAUUUAUACAUGUAAAAUUAUUUAUAUUAAUCCCUAAGGGCUGAAUGGGUUAAAUGAGUCUGUUACAUCCUAGUGGAUACAUUUAGCUAUUUUGUAAAGUUUUCUAUCAGUUUGUACAGUGUAAUCUAUACAUGCAAUGUAAUGAUAUUGUUUGUGCUCACUAUUGUAAAUUAUACUAUAUAUAAGAUAUGUUGUGUGUUAUUAGAUAAAGUUAAUUAAUAACAUUAUUUUUUUAUGAAUUAAAUUGUUCAACAAUUUUA